GACAUAAGAAUUGUCAUUACAGAGGCUCGCAAUUUAUUUUCCAUUUCCCUCGCUUUGCAAGAAAAUGAAUCUUGCCUGAAAACCCUAACCCUAAUCUGGGAAGUAGUAAAAUAAGAAAAAGGAUUCGAACAUAUAUUUAUGCACAUUCAUUCAGUCAGAGAGAAACAGCAGAGAGUAAAAUAGAGAGUGUGAAAGAGGAAAAAAAAAAAAAAUAUUCUCUCUCUUCAACAUUGAGCACCCAAUGUUACCUAACUACCCUGAACUUCACACCAGACCCACAAACUUCAAGAUCCCCACGUACCCAUCUCUCUGUUCCAUCUCAAACCCCGAAUUCGACUCCAGAAUCUUCAUAUGACAGAUAGCCAUCUCUUUGUUUGACCUGAAAAUUUGAAAUAUGCCCCUCAAAAAGCUUUAACUUUUGUUUAUACCCAUCUUUUCUGUUUAUCAUCAGAAGCCUAAUGGCUAUGGUUAGUGUUCAAUCGUUCAUUAUCCAUGUCACAAUUUUCUAUCUAAACCUUCAAUUUAGCUGAAAAUUUUGUUUACUUAGAUUUGAUUUUGUACCACAUAUGCCCCAUCAUCAAGUUGAUCGCCUACUACAAGAACGAGGGACAGAUUUGACAUUAGAAUAUCGUUAGUAUUAUGGGAGCAGAGAAAAGAUGGCUUUUCACGCUCUUCUCUGCAACAUUUCUUUCUCUCCUGUUUCUCUUAUUCUACUCAAUCUCUGCUUUCAGCUCCCCAAAACCCUUCCCUUCUGUAGUCCAGCAUGGGACCCACUACCCUCCUGCCUUCGCAUACUAUAUCUCCGGGGGCCGGGGUGAUGGUAACCGGAUCCUCCGGUUGUUGCUGGCUGUCUAUCAUCCGAGGAACAAUUACUUGUUGCAUUUGGGUGCUGAUGCAUCAGAUGAGGAGAGAGUGAGACUUGUUGGGGCAAUAAAUUCAGUGCCUGCAAUAAGAUCUUUUGCAAAUGUUGAUGUGGUAGGGAAGCCUAGUCGGCUUGUAUAUAUGGGCUCCUCUAAUUUGGCUGCAACGCUGCGUGCGGCUGCCAUUUUGUUGAAGGUGCACUCAGGAUGGAACUGGUUUGUGCAAUUGAGUGCAUCGGAUUAUCCCUUGUUGACUCAAGACGACUUGUCCCAUGUAUUCUCUUCUGUUAGCAGGGACCUCAAUUUCAUAGAUCAUACCAGUGAUCUUGGGUGGAAAGAAUCUCAAAGGUUCCAGCCUAUUGUUGUUGACCCUGGAAUUUACCUAGCAAGAAGGAGCCAGAUUUUUCAUGCUACAGAGAAGCGGCCAACACCUGAUGCUUUCAAAGUAUUCACAGGUUCCCCAUGGUUUAUCUUGAGCAGAUCAUUCCUUGAAUUUUGCAUUCUUGGUUGGGAUAACCUUCCUCGAACCCUUCUUAUGUACUUCAACAAUGUGAUGUUGUCUGAAGAGGGCUAUUUCCACUCUGUCAUUUGCAAUGCACCAGAGUUUAAGAACACUACUGUAAACAGUGAUCUAAGAUAUGUGAUCUGGGAUAAUCCUCCAAAGAUGGAACCGCACUUCUUGAAUGUUUCUGAUUAUGACCAAAUGGUUCAAAGUGGAGCUGCUUUUGCAAGACAGUUCAAGAGGAAUGAUCCUGUACUGGACAUGGUUGAUGAGAAGAUCCUGAAGCGGGGAUAUAAUCGAGCUGGUCCAGGUGCGUGGUGCACUGGCCGGAAGAGCUGGUGGAUGGAUCCUUGCUCCCAAUGGAGUGAUGUCAAUGUUGUUAAGCCUGGGCCUCAAGCCAAAAAAUUUGAAGAUGCUAUCAAAAACCUUCUUGACGAUUGGAAUUCACAGAUGAAUCAAUGCAAAUGAAAGUUCAUAUUAAAAGCUCAUUGUCCACAACUAGAUGCAAAUUUUGCAUCUGAAUUUUAACGACGAAUUCAAAGGAUGAAGACCUUCGCUAGAGAUUGAUUCUUUGGCCUUUAGGUCCAUUUGGGGUCUUCUCCAAUCGUAGGUCAUGGAUAAUUAUACUUUAUAGGAUGGCAGAGUUAAAGGAGAGCCGAGUGAAUUCACUUGGGGGUUUUUGAUUGUAUUCUGUCAUGUGGGCUGGCAUUUAUUCUUAGAGCCGCUAUCAGUUUCAAUCAAUAAGAGGAUCUCCCUCUUUCUUCUGCCAUUGGCAUGCUGUUGUAUGUUAAAAUUAAUAUUCUGUUUAGCACUCUUCCAUAAUGUUGUAACAGAAGAUCAUUCAUUGAAUUCUAAUUUUGUGAUCAGUUAA